AUGCAGUAUCUGCAAAAUACGGAGAAAGCCAUAAAUUCCAUGCAUAAUUUUGAGGAAGAUCAAAAUCACAUGGGUGAUUUGCCCGAUCAGAUGCAUUGCAACCCUGACGUUGACAUGUUGCUUAAAGAUUGCAACGAUGAAACGAAAGUACAAGUGUUAUGCGAGUUAACUGAUGAAGGUGUUCUAAAUGACGACAUGCUGCCAAAUUUGUCUCCAUCCCGUCCAGCUGAUGAGCAUUUUUCUUUAGGUUCUCCGUUUGAAUCUGUUAGCUCGAUGCAACCUGAAAUGAAUGUGGAUGCUAAACAGCACCACAUCAUUGAAAUAGGUGGAUUUGGUGACGUGGUAACCAACCGUGAAGAGCAGCCAUCAAACAUUGAACGAAAUGAGAUAAAAGAUGAGUUAGGAUCCGGAGAAAAUACUGGAAACCGUGAGGAGGAAUGUAGUAUAACUGAAUUAGAGUGCAUUGAAAAUACGACACAUGAUGUUGUUCCAUGUACCGAAACUGGAACCAUGGAACCGGACGUUCCCACGUCUUCACUUGGGCAUUUGGAGAUUGACGUGGAGGAGAGUAGCGAGGGAGAAUGCGUUUACUCAAAAAUGGCCACUGUAUACAACGGGUGUGCCGUGCUGAAGUGUCUGCCGUUGCUGAAGGACAUUAAUGGAGGUGAUAUGGCGGAACAGAUGCAACCCAACCACAAUCAGAAUGAGCAACUGGCUACAUCAUUGCCUGCGCUAUUGACUGUGAAAUCUGUUGAGGACAUCACACCUAUGUCAAGUGCUGACUCCCAUAGACAAACUGUAACGAACGGCCCACUUGAAUUGCAAGUCAAUAGCACGCAGCAGAGUGUUAGAUCAGCUGUAAAUGAUGAAACACCGAGCAGUGAAGUUAGGUCGACAAAUGUCAAAGUGGAAGUUGAGCGUCACAUCGAACCCAGUGACUUAGAAUCAUUAGCAACGUGCGAGGGGUUGAAAAGUGAAUGCGCCACCAUGACGUCCAGCGAAGUUGGAUGCAAUAUCAAUCUUCGCAAAAAAGACUUCGCCGAAGACUACAAGGCGACAAUAGACACUGUAUCCUACUUGCGUGAAACAGACGAAGAUCAGGUUACCGUAGAUUUGUCCCCAAAAGAUGAGGUGAAGUCUGCACAGCAGACCGCAGUGACAAAGGCAUUCAUGGAAACAAUUAAAUACAUGAGAUACCGAGAGGCCUUCAGAAAACAUAAAAGGGAGAAUAUGCAAUACUCCAUGUACGUGUGUCUACUGACUGUAUCUUCCUUUGCCUGUCUUCUUGCCAUGUCAAAUCACUUGUACGGCCAUAUAGGUGAUAUAUUUAAACCAGCCGUUACGUAUGUUGGAAACGCCCGAUCGUAUAGUUUUGACGAUGCUCCAGAAGCUCCAGCAAUAUACGUUUCAUUGCUUAUAUGCAUGGUAACCUAUAUAAAUAUAUUUUUGUUUGGUACGGGGACCAUAUACUACGGGAUUAUAACUGGCACAAUAGUGCUUCUCGUAUGCUAUGUGGUUACGUUUUUCUGCAAUAUAAUUACCGGUGUUACUAUACAUAGCAUUACGAAUGAGUUGGUACUUUACUGCUUACGGUUUAUCAAUCUAAACAACCGUAUUUUGGUCAACAACGUGUUAUUCGACAACUUCCUGGAUCUUAUUUAUGCGUGUUUCCUUCUGGGAGCCAACUUCUGGUUGCUAAUACAAAAGUUCAUCAUGCCAUUGUGCAUCGCUAAAAUGUACAGCCGUGGUGUGGAAAGGCUUAGCGUAGCAUCGAUGAAACCAUGCGUAGUAGUACUGCCAAGGGAUUCGACAAUGGCAGCAGCGUGUGGAAAGGAUGCUGCUGGUUACAUAGUCGAAAUAGAAUGCAGCGCCGAACGGUGCAUUUUGUGGAGAAUAUUAGGUUACCUCACACGCAAUCGUGUAAUGGCAGCACGGACGUCGACGAAAGUAUACCAAUAUGUUGGUCAACUCAACGACAGGCUCAAACCUCACGGAUAUGGAGCAUGGCAAAGCAGUGUAUCAUCAGGCGAGGUAUUGAUAGGUUACUGGGAAAAUGGGCUGCCGCUUGGGGCGUUCAACAGUAGAGACAUGGCAACCGACGCAAGGUUCAGUAACAUGCUGUUGGGAUGGGCCAAAUGCCGCGUAGGAGGUGGCUUAAGUAUGGGUAUUGCGUCUGUGGAAACCUGUGUUAACGAUCCCACGUACAGAUCGUUUUGUAAUAUAAUGAAAUACAGAGCCGAAAUUUUCGAUUGCGAGAACAUUAAAAAAGGUCUCAUAAAGCACACGGGAACCCACAAAUUCAAAGCAUCAGAUGAAAACCUUAGCAACCUGCAAAGCGACCAGAUCAUUCUCAGAUUGAUAAAGGCGACACACAACUUCAUAGAAUACAGUUUCAAGCAAUGCGACGCCUACAUCCAUGACAUAAAGCGUAGGGAUUCGGCAAUGGGCAAAGUCAAAGAUAUUUUGGGAGACAUUCUGAUACAGAAGCCGGGUACAAGACACAUGAACGCUGUAUUUAAGUGCAUAUUUAAGGGGAUGCAAUACAGCAUACCUUACGUCGCCCCGUACGAUGAGCUCACCGUUGCCUCUGAUGAUAACGACGCAAAUGUAUGCGCUGGUGGAUGCGGACUUGCUAACGCGACAUAUAAAAGCAACAUAAAUGGCGAAUUAGAUGGAAUGGUAUCCCGGGAAUCGAUAGGGUUUGAAAACGUGAAUUGCAUUUCGGAGCAAAGCUCAGCGAUCCCGAGACUUUUAGGUAGUUCAAUGGAUUUGGAAGCGGCAGUAGGCGGAUCGAAAAUGGGUGAAUAUGCUCACGUGCCAGAAGUAUGUAUUUUUGUACAUGGACCAAAAAUUUCAACUGAAGAGCAGCUCCAAAGUGUUGCCAAUAUUUUCACCCCUGGGAGUUACCCUUCCUAUAUCAAACCCAUUGCUUUUGGUUGGCCGUCUUUCGCCAAAAUACACGAAACGAAGGCGCAUAACUAUUCAACUAUCAUCUCAAGCUGCAGGGAUGUUUUUGAAACAUUCCUAAGGUCUCUAUUAAACAACGGGGUUAGACAUGCACACGUCGUUGUUGAUCCUACAGGCGCCGCCCUCUUCUUGGAAACGUUUGCGUUGAUGACAGAAAACACUCAGUCGCUAUCUAUAUUUAGUGAUGUAACUGGUAAAGUGGAAGCUACUCCCAACCAGAUAACCCUCCUUUCUGUGACCAUGAUGUUCCCCGAAUACAACUUAUGGAGAUUCGUUUCAGCGCUAUACAAGCCUCUUAGGGCCCACUGUAAUAUAAUUACGAUAUUUGGAAAGCAGAAAAAUCAGGGGCGACUUAGUUUCAUCUUCAGAAAAGACGGGCGGAAGUUGUCCCAAAGCAUAACCGAACUGUUCUUGGAGCGGUCAAACGUAAUCGAGUCGGACCAAACGAACUGCAGCCCAGCUGCAACUUUUGGCCAGAUUACGCUACCUAGUGUGGGUGAUGACAAUGGAAAUGGUACGCGGCGUAAAAAAUCUACAAUGGUAUGGCUGGAUGUGGAUUGCAUCAACGUCACUGGGCUGCCGGCAUUAAAUGACUUAAUAAGUGCAAAGCAGUGGUAUCAUUGCCGGGAGAUCUGCGCAGAUUUAAGGUAUGUAUAUAAUCUAUAUCAUUCAUAUGACUGCAGGGACCUUAUUGUAGGUUGCAAGCGCGCCAAGGAAAGAAUCACAAAUCUAGACAGGAGAUGGGGUAACGUCUGGAUUUACAGUGCAUCGGCUUGGCACCCCAAUUUUGUGCACAAAGCAAACCUCAUAAAAUCCAUUUAA